AAUAAGAGAAACCUUUUAGCGGCUUUUAUUUGUCAAUUUUCCCUCCCUAUAACUAUUUUUAGGGUUUCAGUUGCGUUAGCCGAGCUCCCUUUCCAAGAACUUUCUCGACUUCUUUCUCGGAUAUUUUCUUUUCCCACCGUUUCUUGCCGGAGAAAAGCUUUGGAGUCUUUUGUUUCUUUAAGGUUUAUAAAGACAACUAGACGGAAGAACCGGAUUCUGGAAUUUCGCUCUAAACCGAUCGGUUCAUUUCCUGUUUUUCCUGAACUUUGGGGUUAGGGUUUCGAUUUAAUCUUUUUGGUCUUGAUGGCUCUAUGAAGGUUUCUUAAUUCCUGCUAUAUUGCGAAGGGAGAGCAGGAAUUAGCUAUGUUUUUAGUAAUCUAAGGUUUAGUUGUGUUAAAAAGUUAUGAGAUUUUCUUGUGCAUGUAGUAGUGACUUUUGUGUUCUCUGUAAUAGACGGUUGGAAGCAAAAUUGCUUUGCUUAAGAAGAUAAGAUGCCAUCUACCCUUUUUGGGAGACUGAGGAGUGCAGUUCAGAAUGGAAUCCAGAGAACAGAAUGUGGGCUUCAAGAUUCGAUUGAGGUUCUGAUUGGGACAGGGAAGCUAGGGUUUGAGAAUUGUAGGUUAUUUCAUUCUUUAAGAUUUUCUGGGCUUGCAGAUUUGCAAGGUCUUUUGCAAACAGGGACUUUUUUGGCUGCAAGAUCAGAUUCUCUGUUGGCUAAUCGAAGAAGGAACAUUUCUGUUGUCGGUGCAUUUUCUCGAACAAUUUCUGUUCCAUCUGUAUCAGGCCCUGCCUUCCAGGUUUGUGGGUAUCACAUUGAUUGUGCGCUUGCUGAUACCAGUCAAAUACCACCAUCAGUUAGCAAAUUUCAAAGUAAACCUAUGGCUGCUUCUGGUUCUAGAGUUGUAUUUGGUGAAUAUCUUGUUGAUUCAUUAAAGUUAAAGCAUGAGCACCUUUCACCGUCAACAAGUAGUGCUGGCAUCUUCUAUGGAAAUCGAAACUUGAGUAGUGGCAUAAAAGCUACAAUGAGUUUGAAAAACCAUGAGAAACCUAACAAUUCUCCAAUUUAUGGAUAUGUCAUGUAUACUGUUGGAAAAAGAUGGUGCAACUUUAAUCCUUCUUCGGGGUCAGGUUCAAGGGCUUUCCAUAGUUCAUUGCCUUCUUGUUUAUCAGCUGGGACUGCCCCUGAUGUUUCCUUUGAUAAUUCUGGACGAGAAGAACAGGUUGCAAAUUCUUCUGUGUCAUCAGAUGAGAAGAUUUCUGCUGGCAAAACUCUGAAGCUGCUUUCAGGAUCAUGCUAUCUACCCCAUCCUGACAAAGAAGAUACUGGAGGAGAGGAUGCUCAUUUCAUUUGUGUGGAUGAACAAGCAAUUGGUGUAGCUGACGGAGUUGGUGGCUGGGCAGACCUGGGUGUUGAUGCAGGGCAGUAUUCUAGGGAACUCAUGUCUAAUUCUGUAUCUGCUAUCCAAGAGGAGCCAAAGGGUUCAGUUGACCCUGCAAGAGUCUUAGAGAAAGCUCACUCUAGCACAAAAGCUAAAGGUUCCUCAACAGCAUGCAUCAUAGCACUCACAGACCUGGGUCUUCAUGCUAUAAACUUGGGGGACAGUGGUUUUAUGGUUGUUCGAGAUGGGUGCACAAUAUUUAGAUCCCCUGUGCAGCAGCAUGAUUUUAACUUCACAUAUCAACUUGAGAGUGGGAGUAAUGGUGAUUUACCUAGCUCUGGUCAGGUUUUUGCAGUGCCUGUUGCUCCAGGAGAUGUAGUCAUUGCUGGCACAGACGGACUGUUUGAUAACUUGUACAAUAAUGAAAUUACUGCAGUGGUGGUUCAUGCGGUGAGAGCUGGUUUGGGGCCUCAAGUGACUGCUCAGAAGAUAGCAGCAUUGGCACGGCAACGAGCACAGGAUAGAGACCGACAGACACCUUUCUCAACUGCUGCCCAAGAUGCUGGGUUCCGUUAUUAUGGUGGAAAGCUUGAUGACAUCACUGUUGUUGUGUCAUAUAUUACUAGCUCCGAGGAAUUAUGCAGGAGAACAAGUCUUCUUGAGCACGUGCAACUGUUGUAAGGGGAAGUUGACAUUGAGGCCAUCCAAUUUUGUUUUUAGGAAAGCAAAUCCUGAAGUUGAUCUCAGUUGGCUUUGGAGGAUCUAUCCCUUGUUCUUUAGUUAGAAUUUAGCUACGAACCGCCUCUCUUUUAGAUAAAAGUUUUUGUCUUAUUCCCUUUAUGCCCUCCCUCUAUCAAAAGAGUUGGUGAAUGAGAGAUGCUCCCCAUGUUCAAACCACAAUUGUUCUUGUAUAUAGAAUUGCAUAUUUUAGUAUAUGAAAUGAAAUGCUCUUGUUGGCAAUGAAAAUGAAGCAAAUAAUGGGUUUUCUUCUU